UUCAGCAAUCAUUCACCCAUUGAGAUGUCUAUUUGCUUAUAGCAACAUUCCUGCUUCUUAUGCUGAAGAGCUGCAUUGCCUCUGUACCAGCUAUAACAAAAGAUAUGAUUCACCCACCAGAACACCAUACACAUCCACAAAUAAGGUCUGCUAUUAACUAGCAAUGAGUGAAUUUCAUUUCAAAUGCAUCUGAACUAGAUGGGAAUAACAUGAUGAUGUUAUUUAUCCCAGGCACCCAUCAGCAUCCGUAAAGAUUAUUCUGUACCGUCACAUAGAAAGACUAUGCUAUAAUCACAUGUAUUUAUUACCGUAAAACACUGGAUCCUUCCUGGAAACCUGGCUGAUGACAUUUACUCCGUCUUUCCCCAUAUAGACAGGAAAACAUGGAUUUCAGCAACUCGUCUGUGUUUGAUCAACAUAAAGGUGAUUCAGCAGAAGAGAUUGACUUGACUGUGGUAUACCAAGCAUCCGCUAAUGGCGAUGUCAACACACUGACAGCAAUCAUCCGUGAAGACCCAUCAAUUCUAGAAUACUGUGACAAUGAAGGUUGCACCCCCUUGAUGCAUGCUGUGUCGGGACGUCAGGUUGAUACAGUGAAGCUAUUAUUGAAAAUGGGAGCUAAUAUAAACACUCAAGAUGCCUGUGGACGAACAAGCCUGUCACUAGCAACAUAUCUGGGGUGGCUGGAAGGUUGUGUCAGUCUGCUCAGGAAUGGAGCCAAGCAGAAUAUACCUGAUAAGAAUGGAAGGCUUCCCCUGCAUGCAGCCACUGCUGAGGCUGAUGUCAGGCUGUUAUCUGUACUACUACAACAGUCAACCCUGAGUGAGAUUAACCAUCAGGACAAUGAGGGAAUGACCUCCCUGCACUGGGCCGCCUUUCAUAACCGGCCACAGCACGUUCAGCUUUUGUUACAAAAGGGUGCAGAUCCUACUCUGGUGGAUAAAGACUUCAAAACAGCUCUUCACUGGGCAGUCCAGAGUGGAAAUAGGGUGCUGUGUUCGAUAAUAUUGGAUCAUCAGCAGGGUCAGUCCACCAUCAACUAUGAUGAUGAGAAUGGGAAGACAUGUAUGCACAUAGCAGCAGCAGCCGGAUACAGUGACAUCAUCUACGAGCUGGCCAGAGUCCCAGAAUGCAACUUGCAGGCCCUCGAUGUGGAUGACAGAACUCCCCUACAUUGGGCCGCAGCAGCAGGAAAAUCUGACUGCGUUCAGACUCUGUUGAAGUUAGGAGUAGAUAUGAACCCCAGGGACAUCAAUGAGAAUACGCCCCUGACCUACGCCAUGUACUGUGGGCAUGCUAUAUGCAUCAAACUACUUUCUCAGGAGAACAGUAGACCAGAUCCAUUGCAGCCGCUCACUUCUCCAGGCUCCAAAGCCAUCAGAAAAGAAGGACGUCUCACUGUACUAAAUCAGAUCUUCUCAUGCAAGAAGAAGAAAAUGGAGCAGAAAGCACACCAGAAAGACAAACUCAGGUAUAACGGAGAAGAGACCUCAGAGGUUGAUGACAUCAUCACCACAUUUGACUGUAUCCUUGACACAAACUGCAAAGAUCCAAUAGAUGAACGAGUGGCCUCCGUCAAUUGUAAAAAAAGGAUAGUGGAGUCACAGAAGUAUCUGCUGCCAGACAAGCAGAACUGCAAAGGUCUUCCACCCAUAAGAACGCAGAGUCUCCCUCCAAUAACUCUUGGAAACGCCUUUUUAACAACUUUGCAGACAACAUCAGAUGACCCACAGAACAAUUCUUUCCAUUUUGCACACAGGUCUCAAAAAAGCAAGAGCGAGCAUGACUUGUUUGACCACAGAAUUAGUUGCCAGACUCUGAAAGAUAAUCCUUGGCAUAUAGCUGCUAACCAAAUCCUGCCCCAUAAAUCAUGGACUUCUCCUCAUACAGACAAGUUCAAGGAUCUUGCUUUGCCCAAAAAGUCUAAUCAUAUUGACAGUCUGUAUCCUCCUCAUCUUCCUCACAUGGAAAAUUCACAUUCAGGUCAUAACCGUCUAUCCCAGGAAAUGCCAAGAACGAGAGAAUUACGUCUAACGCGAAAUAACUUGGCACCUAUACCGGAUCACUGUGUAAAGAAAAUCCAGCUGCCAUCUGGACAAGUUUGUCAAGGUGUGAAGAAGUCAAUGUCUCUGCCUUCAAAUUCUUUAAGGACUGGUAACAAUUUAUCCCCAUUAAUCAUCUCUAAAACUCAGAGUCACUCUUUGUAUUCUUUCCUACCGGUCCUAAGAAGAGAACCUCUAAGGACAAGCCGAGUUCUCCCUGCUAUCCCAAGCCAGAAGGGACACAAUGCAACAGAAAGCCUUAUGAAAUCGCCAGACAAAUCGGAUACUAAUGACUAGUCACGCAUCGAUAGCCAUUACUAGAGACAUUCCUGUUGUGUAUUCUAUGUAUGUUCUACUGUGUGUAGGGUUUGUACCACGAGCAUCAUGUGAGUAUUUUGUACCUUCUAUCAGAAUGAUUACGAACAUGAACUAGGUUUUUGCAAUUUUUUUUAAAAAGAGGUAAUCAUUUUUUUUAUAAGUUGUUAUUUUGUGAUCUUCCAUGCCAAAAACGUGUCAAGAAAAAAGUGUUUCAA